AUGGACCACGUAAUCACUCCUACCUUCCCCGAGAAACAUCUCCCGCGACUCAGCUGUGUUGCCUACAUCAUUCUGGACCCAUCAACAAUCUCCAAAUUUCUCCUGCAGGUCGACGAUUUGGACCGUGAGGCGAACAGCAAUGCGCUGGCCAUUGCGCAUGAUACGAUAGCACGCGCAAUGCGAACCAUUACCUUGGCUGGACUGUUGGCGAAUCCCACGGUCGGCCCCGACGAGCGCGCCCCAAUAGCGGUCCUCCAGGAGCUGUGGCCACGUAUUUGGGAGUGGAUAUGUUUUCACGACAACUUUCGUGACCAUGACAUCUUUGACUUCGGGAAGCCCGCUGUGGCGAUGUACCAUGCGCACGUCUGCAUGAUCCAUACACUCGUCCGGCACUCAGCCUUGAAGGCUCAACUUUACGCAACUCCGGGACUGUGGGAGUUACUUGGUCGUGCCUGGGCGAUUUUCGUCGAGACGAGGGAGUACAACGGUCAGGGAAUUAUACAGCUGGCCGAAAUCAUUCUUUGGCACUCUUCAAGCAUUGCCGAGUCGGUCUUGGACGAUUCGCGUGUCGUCAAUGACCUCGUUGCUGGAGUCGGCGGAUUACAAGAGCUUGCCCGCAUUUGCGUGAAGAGUCUCGACACGACUUUCCCACACGACCCAUCCCUACAGUUACCUCUCACUCCACUAGCACAGGCCACGGCCUCGACCGUGCUCACUUUACUGAAAUGCCACCCUCUUCAUGAAAGCACGGUCUUCCAUAAAACAUUGAGCGAGCUUGGAGCUGUCGCGCCACUCGUUCGUGUUCUUCUCCGUGUGCUACACGAGUACCCGGUCCCUCGGACCCGCGUCAACGAACGAGGGAUCAUUUUCGCGACUUUCUCCGCUCUGUUCCGUGCUGUUUUAGCUAUAAACGAGAGCGAUCCGGUCCCUGGUUAUCUUGAGGCGCUGAAGGCAGGCCUGCUCCCCGCGAGCCACAACUUUUACAGUGGCAUCGAGCCAGAGGAACAUGUUGCACAUCUGCCGGCUCUCCUGUUCAGCACCCACAUUAUGACUUCGCCCCUCAUUCUCGAGGAAUUGAGCAAAUGGGAUCUCAAAAAAGUCGAAGACACCUCCGGUUUCGUCGAUCCCGCCCUGGCGGAGGCGUGGCGCAACGUUUAUACUCUGAUUGAGUCACGAUUGACUACGUUUUCCGCCCACAAUGUGAUGCGAGGGUCUGUCCGUCGAGGAUGUUCCAAUCCGAGAUGCGAAGAACUCCAUCCGCGGGAGGUCAUGAAGUGGUGCACGCUCUGCCACUUGACGCAAUACUGCUCGAAGGAUUGUCAACGUGAAGAUUGGCAUGCCCGACACACCAUAUACUGUGAUGCGCCGGUUUUUGACGACAUUGAUCCCGGACGAAUCUAUAGACGCCGGCGUUCAUUCAUGCGGUCGUUGUUGAAUGAAGAGUACACCAAACAUGAGGAAGACAUUGCGCGCCAGCUACUCCAGUUCUUCAUCGUACACCGAGAACAUGCGACCCCAUAUGUUUUAUUCAGCUACACGGAAGUCAACACGCCGAACUGCGAGGUGACUGUUGGUGCCAUCACACAACACAAGUCGCUGGUCUCCACAUAUCGCGAGGACAUGGACCGCGCAAUGUGCAGUGAUGGGCGGUAUCACCUCCACUUCCUUACGCUACCUGGGCGCCCAGACGCUCCCGACCGCUGGAUGUUCUACCCGUUUCAUUCGGUUGUAGGGGUGCUUGAGCCGGGGCUGCGGCGGCUUGCGGAGCGGGUGAAGCAGGAGAACACUAGCACUGGAGCGGAAGUGGACACCGAGGGUUAUGCGGAGGAAAUACGUCGUUUGUUGGAGCAAGAGCGUGGGGAGGGCGGCUUGCAAACCCACUAA